AUGUCCCUGGACAUAAAAAACGCCUUCAACACCCUGCCCUGGCCGGAAAUUGGACGGGCCUUCGAACACCACGGGGUGCCCGUCUACUUCCGGUUGAUCCCUUCGGCGUACUUCGGGGACAGGAACCUCGCCUUCCCCAAGGAAGGCGGGGUCCAAGGCCGGCGCGCAAUGGAGCGCGAUGUUCCGCAGAGGUCGGUCCUUUGCCCCCUGCUAUGGAACAUCGCGUCCGACCGGGUGUUGCGCACUCUCCUUCCCCCAGGCUGCCACGUCGUCUGUUACGCGGACGACAUGUUAGUCGUGACCGGGGGAAGGAGCUGGGGGGAAGCCGGCCUCUACGCGGAAGCGGCGGUGGCAUCGAUGGUGAGCACCAUCGGGGACCUGGGUCUCAAGGUUGCACCCCAAAAGACUGAGGCCGUGCAACUGGCCUCCAGGGAGCAUAGGGCUGGGCUGGCGGUGGCCAGCCUCCUGCGCAACCAGGGAGGUCCAGGAUGGAGGGCACGCGGCCCGUACGUGAGUGCAGUGCUCUCGAUCGCCAUGUACGGGGCGCCCCAGCUUCUCGCCUGCCGGGACGGCAUCCGCUGUCUCAGGCAGGCGCUGAGGCCAAUGUACAUUCGGGCGAUACGAGGGUACCGCACUAUAUCGUACAUGGCGGCGACCACUCUGGCUGGUUCUCCUCCCGUGGAGCUCCUCGCCGAGAAGAGGCGAGUCCUCUAUUGGAGGACUAAGGAGCUCCGCGAAGAGGGGGAACUGACGACCAGGGCCCUGAGAGGCCUGAAGUCCCAGGCCGUGGCCCGUACCCUGAAGACGUGGGGGGAUAUUUUGUCCGAUCCACGGGGGUACGGGCGCGAGACGACCGAGGCUAUCCGCCCUUAUCUGCCCGAAAUGGCGGGCAGGAGGGGAUGUGGAAUGACCUUCCAUCUGGUGCAGGUACUGACGGGCUAUGGGUGUUUUGGCAAGUACCUGCACCGGAUCGGUAAGAAGCUCACCACCCUAUGCCACCACUGUCCCGUGCUUAUGGACACGGCGCACCACACUCUGGCUGCUUGCCCAGCCUGGAGGGAGGAGUGUCGUGUCCUUGCCAGGGCGGUUGUGUGCCGGGAGUAG